UCUUUCUGAAAUAAUUUUAUUUUUAGAAAUCAAACGGAAGCAUAUUUUUUAAAUAUCCUCUGAAUAAUUUAGAAUUAUUUAUCAAAAUGCCAAAAAAGAAAUCGAAACCGAAAGAUUCAAAGAAAACUAAUGCACCUGAAACAACCGAAUAUCAGUUGAUAACCCUUGAGGAAAAUCACGCUUAUCAGAUUAAACAUGAAAAUCUGAUACAACGCGUUUGGAAAAGUGCACUUUUAUUUGAGGAUGUAGAGCUAGCAGUCAAAGAAAAAGCCAACAUUGAGAAUAACAUUAAAGAGUGGAAAACAUAUCUUAAAUGUGACAAAAUUCCAAAACCAUUCGAACCACAAAAGAUUCGGAAUUUCUUCGAUAAAUCUCUUCAUUAUGAAAUAGAAGAUAUUCAAAAUACGAUCAAUUGGAUGUUGGAUAUUGAUGAACGUAGUAUUUUGAAUCAAGACAUUGAGUCAAUAAAUAAGACAAAGACAAACUUAAAAUUAGAUAGAUCCGAUUUUGGUCAGCAAUAUGAUAUUCGAAUAUGUGAUACUAUGGAGCUUCUAAAAAGAAUCCAAGAGUUCUUGGAAAGUCCAAUCAAAAACAUUCCAAAAGAAACACUGCUUGAUAUCGAAGGGCUAUACCAAUCAGCCAAAAGUAAAAUAUGUUGUUAUAUCGAUAAUUUAACAUAUCGUGUUUUAUACUCUGAAGCCGCUUAUAUGGAAUCAAUUAAUGUAAUAUCUGCAGAAUAUUUCUAUCAAGGUCAACAUUUUGACAUACAUCUUUGGACUUUUCAAAAUGUACCAAUUUAUUUGGAUCCUGAAGAAACAAAAUCCAUAACCAUUCAACUGAAACAAAUCAAGACCGAACUUAUAAUUCCUUUUUGUGUUUUGUCAGAAAAUAUGGUAAUCAGGGGCUUAUAUUGUCAUUUUGAUUACUUGAGCUCACUUGCUAGGUACAAUGAAAUGCCAAUUAAAGAUGAAACCGUGAUAAGUUUAAAAAUAGCUUUGCAAAAAGAGUGGGCAGGUCAGAAAAAAAUUCAAGCCGAAAUUAAAGCAAAUAUGAUUAAAGAGAGAUCUGAUUUUGAAGAAGCAAUGCGUUUAAAAGCUGAAGAAGAGGAGCUCAAAGCUAAGGAAGCCAAAAAGGAUGAUAAAUCCAAAAAGGCACCAAAAAAGAAGGAAAACUCUGCGAUUCCUAAGAAACUUCCCAAAGAACCCCCAAUAAUAACACCGGAUUUGGUUCCAAUUGUUCGGAAAGAUUUUCUUGAGCACGACGCUCAAGAGUAUGCAAACUCUAUUAUACUCUUUCAUCCUAAUAAACUGAAUUUAUCAAAUGGGGAGGUUAAUUUGAGGCAAUAUCAAAUUUUGGGUGGUGUUUAUCAUAUCAAUUCACUUACGAAACCAAAUGUUGCAAACAUUCCUAAGUUAAUAAUGACUUGGUACAAAUCUGAGAAACACUUUGAAACCAAAAAAACUCAAGUCUAUUCUGACGUUUCUAAUGCUGAUGACAUUUCGAAAUUUUUCGAAAUAACAUUCGAAUUACCAGAUUGUUUCUGUCAUUCUAGUGAACCAAUUGUAUGUAUUUUUGAAGAACAUCAAUCUCAAGUCAAUGAUAGUUUAUAUGAAACCGAAAAAGCUUUAAAAAUCGGUUCACCUGUGAUUAUAAAUGACUUUAAUUUACACGAUCUUUUUACAAAGCCUAUGAUGUACAAUUUUCUUGAGAACUGUAACCCAAGAAUAAUUUCCACUUUUAAAUUUCCUGAAGAUUUUCAUAACGAAGACGAAGACAAAAAAUCCAAGUCAACAUUGGGCCGUUCUAAAGAAAAGGCUGAAAAUGAGGAAAAAAAUAAAGAACAUGAGUUGCAAAAGCAGUUCUUAUCAUUCGAUAUGCAACGCAAUCCUGAAAGACUAUUUCCUUUGUUUAAAAAUGUACUUCCAGUCGUGAUUCUUCCUAUUGAUGAAGAUAAAGUAAAUCGGGGAACACAACCAUAUGAAUAUUUUUCAGAGUUCAUGUCGACUUUGGAAUCGAUCAAGGACUCGUACCGAAAGUCAUCAUUCAAAGAUAAAUUUGGUAAUCCUGUCAAAAUUUUGGCUGAAGAAUAUGAAAAAAAUAUAAGAAGACCAAGAAUAACAACAAAACUCGUUGCAUAUGAAAAGGCUAAAGAAAUAGAACCAACUAAAAGGGCAAGUUUACAUAUAAAUGGACGUGAUUCAGUUGGCAGCCGACAAUCCUUAGAACAUCGAACCUCAUUAAAAAAGGAACAAUUAUCUGUAAAAUCAAAUGAACCUUUAAAAAAUAAAACUAAAAAACCACAAAAAGUGAAAACUCCUGAAAGUAUACCAGACCUAAAAGAAGACAGCCAUUUAAGUCAUUUGGAAACUGAGGAAAGGAGACAUGAAGAACAAUCUAUUUCAAAAUGGUCUACAACAAAUAUUCUGAAAACUGUAUUCAACCCAAAUGAAAAGAAAAUAACAAUUUGGACGGAUCGUUUAGGAACAUUUGGAUUGGCAUUCAAUCGAUAUCAGCAUUUUCCUUUUAAAAGCUGGUCACUUCAACGCAAUGACGAAAAAGCAAAUGAACUAGAGUUGAAAAUCGAAAGUAAAUAUGCAUUGUUCAGAAUCUACAUAACUGGGGAUGGCUAUAAAGCUUUAAUCACAGAUUUUUCGAAGACUCUAAAGAGUCGGAAGAUUUUUUUGGACAUUGAUGAGCCCAUAAGUGAUUUAAGAAUUUUUAAGAAGAAACUACAAGAUACAUUUUUGAACAUUUUCUCUGAACCCGACACUGUCUGGUAUGUAAAUGGAAAUUUCUCUGAAAAGCAUUUAGCUGCUGAACUACACACUUAUGACUCUAUAAGUUUAAAUGUAUCGAAUAUAAAAUUUCAUAGUUCCGAUUGGAACAAAUUAUCAAAACGACGAACAAUGGUCUUGAAACUUGGAGAGCUCAAGGAAUUAGAUCAAGAUUUAUGUUUGAUUCAAAUAACUCCAGAGGGUGUAAUGUUUGUCGAAAUUAAUGAGGUUAAAACUGAUAUGGGAGUAACUGAAUUGGAGUACGUAUCCACUUGGCGAAAUCUUGAAUGGUAUGCAGAUCUCAAUCAUUUGAUUAAGUCAAAUUUCGGUGACAUAAGUGAUUCUACAUUUAUGAAUGAACAUAAACAAAUUAUUUUAUAUUUACGAAAUUUACUACAUUCUAUUAGGCUAUUAAGCUUCUCAUAGAAGUAUACAUAGAUUAAAAUAAUGAGAUAUCUACAAAGCAAAUAAAAAAAAAUAGCUUUUUCAACCUAA